CACAGGAGAAACCUGUGGCUCCGUGUGAGAGCGGAAGAGUCAGAGGGAAAAGAGGGAAGAGAGGGCAGUGGGGGAACCUGUGCAAGAUCCGCAGGUCUGGAGCCCGGAAGCCUUCACAAAGGGGAGCUAUACUGGACAUGAUUUGAGGAAUUUACACUGAGAAUUAUAGAAUAAUUUUUCUGGGAUUGGAAGUUUGCGUCAGGAAGUAUCAAGAUGGCGACCAACCUGGAAUCAACCAAGUCGGUUAUCAUGAAUGAGGAGGAGCUGAAGCGGAAGCAGAAAGAGAAACUGAAAAAGAUGCAAGCCACUGGAGGCAACCCUCGCCCUGCAAGAUCCCUCUUCUUCUUGACCCUCAAAAAUCCUUUUCGCAAGGCCUGCAUCAACAUUGUGGAGUGGAAAACCUUUGAGAUCAUCAUCUUAUUGACCAUCUUCGCUAACUGCAUUGCUCUGGCUGUGUUCCUGCCCAUGCCUGAAGAAGACACCAACAACACCAACACUAGUUUGGAGAGUCUGGAGUAUAUCUUCCUGAUCAUCUUCACGGCGGAGUGUUUUCUGAAGAUCAUAGCGUAUGGGCUCGUGUUCCAUGAAGGGGCCUAUUUACGGAACUGUUGGAACAUAUUGGAUUUUGUCAUCGUCUUCAUGGGUCUUUUCACCUUUGCAUUGGAUACCAUAAAUAAGAUAGCAGGAGUGCCAAUGGAAAAAGGUGGGGGAUUUGACAUGAAGGCGCUGAGGGCCUUCAGAGUACUGCGGCCCCUUCGCCUCGUUUCCGGAGUCCCCAGCCUGCAGGUGGUGAUGAAUUCCAUCCUCAAAGCCAUGCUGCCUCUGUUGCACAUCGCCCUGCUGGUCUUCCUGCUGGUCACAAUCUAUGCCAUUAUGGGACUUGAGCUGUUUAAGUGCAAAAUGCAUAAGACUUGCUACUACACUGGCACAAAUAUCUAUGCAACAGCAGAAGGUGAGCUGCCUGCUCCGUGUGCUCAGGCUGGUAAUGGACGGCGUUGCAUCAUCAACGGCUCUGAGUGCCGGCCCGGCUGGGAAGGUCCCAACAACGGCAUCACCCACUUUGAUAACAUUGGCUUUGCCAUGCUGACUGUGUACCAGUGUAUCACCAUGGAGGGGUGGACCAAAGUGCUCUACUGGGUUAAUGAUGCCAUAGGAAAUGAAUGGCCAUGGAUCUACUUUGUUCCUCUCAUUCUGCUGGGUUCCUUCUUUGUACUCAAUCUUGUCCUCGGCGUGCUCAGUGGAGAGUUUACCAAAGAGCGUGAAAAGGCCAGAUCCCGAGGAGAGUUCCAGAAGCUGCGAGAGCGCCAGCAGUUGGAUGAGGACCUUCACGGGUACAUGGAGUGGAUCACUCACGCUGAAGUCCUGGAUGCCGACAGAGAGGGCAAAGGUCUCCUACCUUUGACCAGUGGAGAUUCAGACACGGACAGCCUGUACGACCUGGAAGGCAAGAGCCGUAUCAUCUACUUCUACCGCUUGGCUCGUCGCUGGAACCGUUUCUUCAGGAUGAAGUGCUUGGUGUACGUGAAGACCGAGAGCUUUUACUGGGUGGUGAUGAUCCUUGUCCUCCUCAAUACUCUGACCAUAGCCACAGAGUACCACCACCAACCCGCCUCGAUGACUUCCCUGCAAGAUGUGGCUAGUCGUAUACUACUUGUGCUGUUCAUCAUUGAGAUGUUCAUCAAGAUGUACGCAUUCGGACCCAGAGCGUACUUCAUGUCUCUGUUUAAUCGUUUCGACUUCUUUGUGGUGCUUUGUGGCAUCCUGGAGAUGAUCCUGUUGUCAGCAGGAGCUGUGACUCCCCUGGGUUUCUCCGUGCUCAGGUGUAUACGCCUCCUGAGGAUCCUCAAAGUUACAAAGUACUGGACCUCUCUAAGUAAUCUUGUGGCCUCUCUCCUCAACUCUGUCCGGUCAAUUGCCUCGCUGCUGCUCCUUCUCUUCCUUUUUAUCGUGAUCUUCUCCCUCCUGGGAAUGCAGGUGUUUGGUGGGAAGUUCAACUUUGAUCACCACCGGCCCAGACGCAGUAACUUUGACAAUUUCCCUCAGGCCCUGAUUAGUGUGUUUCAGGUCCUCACAGGGGAGGAAUGGACCACCAUCAUGUACAAUGGUAUUAUGGCCCAUGGAGGGCCGGCCAUCCCUGGCAUCCUAGUUUCCAUCUACUUUAUCAUCCUUUUCGUUUGUGGAAACUAUAUCCUCCUCAAUGUCUUCUUGGCCAUCGCUGUGGACAAUCUGGCAGAGGCUGAGAGUCUGACUUCAGCUCAGAAAGAAAAAGCGGAGGAGAAAUUAAGGAAGAAGCUACUAAGGUCAAAAAUGCCUGAAAAGACUGAUGAGGAGAGGGAAAGGAUUGCUAAGAAGCUGGCUGAGCAGAGGGCCAAGAUUGAGAACAUGCCCACCACAGCCAAGCUCAAAAUCGAUGAAUUUGAGUCGAACGUCAAUGAAGUGAAGGAUCCAUUUCCACCUGCUGAUUUCCCAGGUGAUGACGAGGAAGAGGAGCCUGAUAUCCCCAUCAGCCCGCGGCCCCGGCCGAUGGCAGAUCUGCAGCUGAAGGAAGAGGCGGUUCCAUUACCCGAAGCCAGCUCCUUUUUCAUUUUUGGACCUCAGAACAAGUUCCGUAAGCUGUGCUACAAGAUCAUCAACGCUUCAUCCUUCACCAACUUAAUCCUUCUGUUCAUCCUGCUCUCCUCCAUCUCGCUGGCAGCUGAGGACCCUAUCGAUCCAAAAUCCUACAGAAACCAGAUCUUGGCCUAUGCUGAUAUUGUCUUCACUACUGUGUUCACCAUUGAGAUUGUACUGAAGAUGACAGUGUACGGAGCGUUCAUGCACGAAGGCUCUUUCUGUCGUAAUUCUUUCAACAUCCUGGAUCUGAUCGUGGUCGGGGUGUCCCUCCUGUCCAUGGGGAUGGAAUCCAGUGCCAUCUCUGUGGUGAAGAUUCUCAGGGUGCUGAGGGUGCUCAGACCGCUCCGAGCCAUCAACCGAGCCAAAGGGUUAAAGCAUGUGGUCCAGUGUGUGUUUGUGGCCAUCAAAACCAUUGGUAACAUCGUCCUGGUCACCAUGCUCUUGAAUUUCAUGUUUGCCUGCAUUGGAGUGCAGCUCUUCAAGGGUAAAUUCUACAGCUGCACAGACCCAUCCAAAAUGACUGCAGAGGAAUGCCAGGGAUUAUUUUUGAAACCCAUGGAGAAUUCCCUACAAGACACGGUGGUGGCUAAAAGAGAAUGGCUCAACAGUGACUUCAACUUUGACAACGUCCUCAACGGGAUGCUGGCUCUGUUCACAGUCGCCACAUUUGAGGGCUGGCCAAAACUCUUGUACCGAGCCAUCGAUUCAGCCGAAGAAGAUAUGGGUCCAGUCUACAACCACAGAGUCGACGUGUCCAUCUUCUUCAUCAUCUACAUCAUCCUCAUAGCCUUCUUCAUGAUGAACAUAUUUGUGGGUUUUGUUAUCGUAACUUUCCAGGAGCAGGGCGAACAGGAGUAUCAGGACUGUGAGCUGGACAAAAACCAGCGUCAAUGUGUGCAGUACGCCCUGAAGGCUCGCCCGCUGAGAUGCUACAUCCCAAAAAACCCAUACCAGUACAGGGUCUGGUACAUUGUCACCUCCAGCUACUUUGAGUACCUCAUGUUCUUCCUGAUUAUGCUCAACACCUUGUGUCUGGGGAUGCAGCACUGUAACCAGUCGGACCAUGUUACCAAGUUGUCGGACAUGCUGAACUUGAUCUUCACUAUACUCUUCACAGUGGAAAUGAUACUUAAACUCAUGGCCUUCAAAGCGCGGGGCUACUUUGGAGACCCCUGGAACGUCUUUGACUUUGUUAUUGUCAUCGGCAGUGUUGUAGAUGUCAUCCUGAGUGAAAUCGAUAGCGCCCUGGCCUCCAGUGGAGGACUGUACUGUGUCCAUGGCUGUCCUGAGACAAAUCCUAUGCAAUUAAUUGCAGCCUCUGAAAAUGCCUCAGUUUCCAUCACAUUCUUCCGACUUUUCCGUGUUAUGCGUCUGGUUAAACUUCUCAACCGAUCUGAGGGCAUCCGUAACCUUUUAUGGACAUUCAUCAAGUCCUUCCAGGCUCUCCCUCAUGUAGCUCUGCUCAUCGUGAUGCUCUUCUUCAUCUACGCUGUUAUAGGGAUGCAGAUCUUUGGAAAGGUUGCUUUAGUGGAUGGCACCCAAAUCAACCGCAACAACAACUUCCAGACAUUCCCUCAGGCUGUCCUGAUGUUAUUCCGAUGUGCAACUGGAGAGGCUUGGCAGGACGUCAUGAUGGCUUCCAUGUACGGGAAGAAGUGUGACCCCAAGUCGGACUUUCUGCCAGGAGAGGAGUACACCUGCGGGUCCAACUUUGCUGUCUUUUACUUCAUCAGCUUCUACUGUAUAUGUGCCUUCCUGAUCCUCAAUCUUUUUGUCGCCGUCAUCAUGGACAACUUUGACUACCUGACACGUGACUGGUCUCUUCUUGGUCCACACCAUCUGGAUGAGUUUAAGAAAAUCUGGGCUGAAUAUGACCCUGAAGCCACAGGGAGAAUCAAACAUCUGGAUGUGGUGACACUCCUGCGAAGCAUCCAGCCUCCACUGGGCUUUGGCAAGUUCUGUCCCCAUCGUGCUGCAUGCCAGCGCUUGGUUGGAAUGAACAUGCCUCUCAACAGCGACGGCACCGUCACGUUCAAUGCCACGCUGUUUGCGCUGGUCAGGACUGCACUCAAAAUCAAAACAGAAGGUAAUUUUGAACAAGCCAAUGAGGAGCUCAGAGCCAUUAUAAAGAAGAUCUGGAAACGCACCAGUAUGAAACUGUUGGACCAGGUCAUUCCCCCAAUAGGAGAUGACGAGGUGACUGUGGGGAAAUUCUACGCCACCUUCCUGCUCCAAGAACAUUUGCGCAAGUUCAUGCAGCGCCAAGAGGAGUAUUAUGGCUACCGUCCAAGUAAGAAGAGUGCGUCAGGUCCAGAGAUCCAGGCGGGUUUGAGAAGCAUAGAUGAGGAAGCAGCUCCAGAGAUGCACAGAGCUAUUUCAGGAGACCUCCAGAAUGACGAAGAGAUAGACCGAGCUAUGCUGGAGGCAGGAGAAGAGGCCAUUUUCCAGCGUGCACACGCUCUGUUUGGUAAUCAAGUGGAUUCCUUCUCUGCCGAGCCUGCCGAUGCUCAGCAGUCCCAGAUGACCAACCAGCGGCCCCUCCAGUUCUCAGAGAGCCACCCCGAGUCUCCACCAAACUCUGCCGCCCUGGUGUCAGAUACAGAAUUUUUCCCCACAACUGCACCUAAGAGCAACACCAACAACAAUGCUUUUGCAGACUUUUCUUUUGAAAGAGAAGGCAGUACAGGAGAGUUUUACAAUCCCGAUGAGGAUGAAGAGCCAGCUAUAAGGGGCUCGUGGAGAUUCACUGUGAGAACUGACAAAACUCAGUUCCCUUAUGAGCCCGACUAUGGUGAAACUCGGAGUCAGAGCUCCCACACUGCAGCCGACCAGCUGGUGGAGGAGGUUCUUGCAAAAGGAGGCCUAGCCUCUUUGGCCAGAGACCCAGACUUUGUCUCUGCAACUAAGAAGGAGAUGGCUGAAGCCUUGCAGAUCCCCAUGGCAGAGAUGGAGGGAGUGGCUCAGGGCAUCCUGAAAGAACGGUCCGGCAGCAUCCCCUCAAUCAAAAAGAGACGCCCCAUUCCCGUCCCUCCUACCAACCCUGCUGGGGUAGCACAAGAAACUAGCCAACCAGAUCCAGCUGUCAGAAGAAAAAGACGUCCAAUUCCCAUGAUUCCCGCCCUAACGAAGCCUGACGAGGCCAAUUCUGCAGUGUAGGGUGGAACUGGAGUUGAAGUGGUUAAUGUGGAUUUUUACACUGGCCGGUGGCUCCACCUCACAUUGUAAUUACCGAGCCCUUUGACAAUCUGUAUUUGUUAGCCUAACUUAAGGCUUAAGAACAGAUUGAAUCAGGUUGAAUAAAUAAACUUGUCAAGUGGAUGGAACUUAAACAAAGAGAAGCAGCAUGUUAUAAUGAAACAUCCUUCAGAUUCAUUUGAACUAAUAAAAAAAACUAACUUAACUCAAAGUAAACAGAUUGAAGCACUUCUUUCUUUGUAGCAUUUGGUAAAGGAUAUUCAUUCCACUGAUGGGACAACUAUGUGAGAGAGCAGUGUCUUACUAAAGCCUCGCUGUGGGAGGCGGGAUAAUGAUUGAUGACUGAAAUGUCUCUGGUGACUGAACUCAGAAAGAAGGCAGACAGUCUUUACAGAGCUGUGGUUUAGAGAGGACUCUGGUGAAAUACUCCACUUUGUGGAGAUAACUUUCUUUGUAUCCAAGUCCAGAAAAGUUGAACUGCACUUUAAGGGACUGUAGUGGUUAAACUACAAGGUGAAAGGGUUUUCUGUAAUUUAAUUGAGGCCUAACAAGUUUCCUCCGCAUUAAAUCACUGCAUGCAGUUGAUGGAGAGAACCUCGUAUAGGAACAUGAAGGUACAUUUAAUGAACAAAUAGUCUUCAAAGAUCUAGCUGUGAUCAAUUUUAAACCAUGAGGUAGUAAAGAAUGCAUACCGUCCCCUCACUCUACUGCUAUAUGCUGUUUUUCCCAUUGCAUGAAUGUUGUUAUCCUUGCUGGGAGCUGUUUGCUACACAGGAUUCUUCUGCAUACCUGGAGUAUGUUUGAUUUAGCUUGAAAGCUCUGAGUCUUAUUUAAUUCAUAUUUGCAUUCACACCUUUUGCACUUGUCUUAUACGCUGCGCUUAAAAGCUAACAUGCCUCGCAGAGGACUUUUUUUUUUUUUUUUUUUUUAAACUCGGUCCUCUGAUCCAACUGUGUUAUGCCGUCUCACAUCAGGUUUCAAUGUUUUGGUGAAGGGGCUAGUUGGACUGGACCUCCCACCUCAACUCUCCCUCAUCAAUGAAACUGUACCAUUAAAAUUGAUGUUAUUUUUGUGUUUUCGCACUGUCAAAAGAAAUAAAUAAUCC